AUGUACAAAAUCGUCAAUAACGAUCAGAACAAGAGAUUGGUCAUCGCAAAGUCAAAGGCUCAAUCUCUGCGGAAGACUUUUCUACACUCGUGCCUUCCGAAAAUGCCGCUCUCUCAGCCUUGGUCGCAUAGUUUUGAAAUCUGUCAAGAACACAAUACGCAGAAGCGCAUCAGCUAUUCACGGCUACAUCGAUCAAUUGGACGUCUCCGUGUAUUCCUAACAGAUGAUAACUCUAUAUUGAAAUCAACAAAUAAAUUUAUUAAAAU